AUGUCGACCGACCCAUAUCAUGAAGUACAGCGGGAGAUUCAAUCUUUGCUCCAGACAGCGUCGUCGUUGCGCUCUUCGUUCCUGCGAAUCCGCAGCCUCGCUCGGGAUGGGAGUGAAGAGCUUGUGUUGGCCCGAAAUGAAUUGAAAGCUACGCUUGCUGCUCUGUACACAGACUUGGAGGAUUUAGAAGAAAGCGUCAAGAUAGUGGAGGACACGGGUCCUAGAUAUUUUGGACUGGAUGACGCAGAGGUCUCUGAACGGCGGAAAUAUGUGGGUCGCGUACGUCGUGAAAUUGAGGGUAUGAGGGCGGACGUUGAAGGACGAAAUUCACAAUCAUCUUUACCCAGUGGUUCACGGUCUCCUUUACAAUCAGUACCUGGCUCGCAGUCAGGAGAGCCCGAUGAUGAGCAAGCAAAAUGGGCUCAUGAAGAGCAACAAUUAUUACUUCAGGAGCAAGAUCGUGCCAUAGAUUCGAUAUCAGGGACUUUAAAUACUCUAGCUCAACAAGCAGGCCUGAUGGGGCAUGAGAUUAGCGAACACGUUGAAAUGCUUGACGAUCUUGAGGCAAAUGUUGACCAGACGGAUUCCAAGCUAUCAAAUGCGAUGCGAAGAAUGAAGAAAUUUGUACGAGACACGGAAGUAGAAACGAAGUCGGGAUGGUGUAUAACUAUCCUUAUAAUUGUGCUGGUUGCCUUAUUAUUGGCGGUCAUUCUCGUGUAAGAGCUGUGGAAUUUCUAUACGAUACCUUAGCCUUAUGCAUUUGAUGCCCGCGGCAUCUUUGCCCGUGUUGCUGCAACACAAAGGCUUGUGCUUAGUACGAAGUCGGCUAAAGGUUCUAUCAGUAAGAAGAUGAGUUUUGUGCGGUUUGAAAAACGUUUCUAGGUAUGUGAAACCACUUUCAAGUUUGAAACAAUCGAGUUGUAAUUUACCAUUUAUACAACGUCCAAU